AUGGCGACCGACCCAGCUGGAGUCGAUCGGUCGCGGCCCCUGUUCUCCAAGCUGAACACCAGCAAGAAGAAGGUUGCCUACUUUUACGACUCGGAUAUUGGCAACUAUGCAUAUGUCACUGGGCACCCCAUGAAGCCACACAGAAUUCGAUUGGCACACAGCCUGGUUAUGAACUACAAUGUCUACAAGUAUUUGGAAGUCUAUCGGGCCAAGCCAGCCGUGGUGAACGAGAUGACCCAGUUCCACACAGACGAGUACAUCGAUUUCCUCCGGCGAGUCACCCCAGACAACAUGGACAGCUACAUGCGCGAGCAGACUAAGUACAACGUCGGUGAUGAUUGCCCUGUGUUUGACGGCCUGUUCGAGUUCUGUGGUAUCAGCGCUGGCGGUUCAAUGGAGGGCGCAGCUCGUCUCAACCGUCAAAAGUGCGACAUUGCCAUCAAUUGGGCUGGUGGAUUGCACCACGCAAAAAAGAGCGAAGCCAGUGGGUUUUGUUACGUCAACGAUAUUGUCCUUGCGAUUCUCGAACUCCUUCGAUACAAGAAGCGUGUUCUGUACAUCGACAUUGAUGUCCACCACGGCGACGGUGUUGAGGAGGCUUUCUACACUACCGACCGUGUUAUGACCUGUUCUUUCCACAAGUACGGAGAGUACUUCCCCGGGACCGGCGAGCUACGGGAUGUCGGCAUAGGUGUCGGCAAGAACUACGCAGUUAACUUCCCGCUGCGCGAUGGAAUUACCGACGACACGUACAAGACCAUUUUCCAACCCGUCAUCCAGGCCGUGAUGGACUACUACCAGCCUGAAGCCGUAGUCCUACAGUGUGGCGGAGACAGUCUCUCGGGCGAUCGCCUGGGAUGUUUCAACCUGAGCAUGCGUGGCCACGCUAACUGCGUGAACUUUGUCCGCAGCUUCAACCUGCCUACUCUCGUCCUUGGUGGCGGUGGCUACACGAUGCGCAAUGUGGCCAGGACCUGGGCAUACGAGACUGGUCGAUUGGUGGGAGUGGAGAUGGACCCGGUCCUGCCGUACAAUGAAUACUACGAAUAUUACGGUCCUGAUUAUGAACUUAAUGUGCGCCCAUCGAACAUGGAGAAUGCCAACAGCACCGAGUACCUUGAGAAGAUCAAGAAUGCCGUCAUCGAAAACCUCAAGAAGACCGGUGCGCCGUCCGUCCAAAUGCAAGAUGUUCCCCGCCAGAGUCUCGGUGGCAUGACGGACGAGGAUGACGCCGAGCUCGACGACUUGGACGAGGACCGCAACAAGGACGUGCGUAUGACUCAACGACGGUGGGAGCAGAAAAUCACUCGCGACGACGAAUUCGAGGAGAGUGAUGACGAGGAAAUGGCCGAGGCCAACGGCGUAUACCAGACGAAUGGCAAGCGCAAGGGUAUCAUGGAUUACAAGAACCCCCACGCCCCCGAGGACGAAAGCCGCCAGCCGUCUCCUGUCGUCUCCAGGGCAGCAUCACCCGCGCCUCCAACAGCAGACGAGGCGGAAAACGCCGAGGGCGACGAGACCAUGGAAGACGUCGAGGCCGAAGCGGAAGCGGCAGCCCCAGAGCUGGAGGAGCCAGUGGCGGUGAAGGAGGCCGAGCCCGAGCCGGCACCACCAGCUGCAGAGGCAACGAUGCAGGUGGACGAAGAUGGCGACGUCGACAUGGCCGAGCCUGAGGCCACGGCUGCUCCUCCUGUGUCUGAGGCCGUUGAGCCCACCGAGACUCCGGCUAUCAAGCAGGAAGAGGCGGAGGCCCAGCCAUCAGCGGCAGGCGCAGACCCGGCCACCACCGACGCGGAACCAAGCGAAAAGGCUGCAGAUGAGCCGGCCAAGACCGACGAGCCCGUAGAACCGCCUGCCGCGGAGGCACAGGAUGCUGCCAAGUCCAAGUCGCCAGCCGCAGCGGCUGAGCCCCAGGAGCCUGCAGAGAAGCCAGCGUCUCCGGCCAAACCAGUGGAGAAGACGGAUGAUGCCGCGACGGAGGUUAAGGCAGCGUCCCCGAAGGCCGAGAGCGCAGAGAAGCCAGCUGAGGCGGCGGAGGAGCCAGCCGAGGACUAG